UGUGGUAACGCUCAUGCAGUGGAUACUUGACAAGUCACUAGUUCAUCCUAUCGGCAUUAGACCAAUGGUUCCUGCUCCUUUCAUCUACAAGACAACCAAUUUUUUACAUCUCACGGCUUUCUUCUGCAGCGUACUUACACUAGUUCACAGCGAGGAAUUUGUGGAAGACGGCGUUACGGUUUAUCCAGAACUGCUCGAACAAAGAAACGAGGAUGGCGGGAGAGUUCUUGUUAUACAUGAUGGUUACUCUCUGAACUUAUCUAAGGCUUCGGUGCUUGCCGACACUCUUCUAUUGCGAGUUGCCACAGACGCCGGUGUCAUCGAAAAAUACGUUCCCGGCUCACACCACGAACGACACCUACAUCAGGACGCUGGAAAACAGGCCUCCCUUCUACUUAAACCAAUAGAAGAUGGGCAUUACCACGUAUUCGGCCUCUUGAACUUCACGCAUCGAAUAGAGCCGCUCAUCAGCCAGGGGAGGUCGUCGUCAGGUGCAACUGCGCACAGGAUAUCAAGAGUUGCGUUCAAGGUUGGAGCAUAUGACGUCGAUGACGCUCUUGAAGAUGACAUUGAGGAAACCAACAGCGACGCACUUCCCCGGAUAGAAGAGCGAGCCCUGCCUUCGUCCUUCACAAUCGAAAUAUUCACCAUCAGCGAUUCCAAACACACUUCGCACUUUGGCGGUGACAGUAACAGACACAUCGAAUACAUGAUUGUGUUCUGGCACUCGGUCAGUCUACGGUUUCAACAGCUCAAUCCUCGUGGUUUUAUCUCUCUUAUAGGCAUCGAAACGUCCACAAUCGCAACUGAACUACCGUACGUGAGCCUGCGUGGUCCUGAUAAACUUGUUUCCAACGAAACGUUACUAAAUUUCGAGCGAUGGUUCUGGAGACAGCGCCCCAUUCGUAUUGCGGACGUAGUGUUCUUGGUUACUGCGCGUGACGUGGUGCAGUUAGUUCCAGGUGGACUAAAUUCCGGCGCUGCAGGCGUCGCCUACAUUGGCCAAGCCUGCAUGACGAAAAAAGGAGCCAUCGGAGAAGACAAUGCAAGCCGAUUUUCCGGGGUCAAUGCCGCCGCUCACGAACUGGGACAUUUGUUAGGUUGCGCCCAUGACGGCUCGGGUUCCUCAAGCCACUGCCCAGCGAGUGCCGGUUUUUUGAUGAACCCAACAGACUCGGGGCUAAAUGUCCACAAGUUCUCCACUUGCAGCAACACAGCCAUCACCACUUUUCUGAUGUCGCCUCCGGCGUUUUGCCUUAAAGACACGGUCAGGCCUCUGCCUGACCGUGUGGUUCGCUUACCUGACAAUGUAAACAAGCUGCCUGGAGAAGUACUGAGCGGGGACGAUUACUGCAAGAAGUAUUUGCCUAAGUACGCUGCCGUCUCCUACGUAAAGUGGGAUUCGGACCUCACGAAAUGCAAGUUUCGCUGCAAAUUAGGAGAGAGAAGAGACGGAAGUCCAAUAUAUGCAAUCAGAUUUGCAUACGAUGGAACGCGUUGUGACAGGACUCAUCCUGAGAAGAAGUGCAAGAACGGCGCCUGUGUAUAAGAGGAAGUCAGUCUAGCGUACGACUGGCGUACGACAAUUUCCGCCGAAUGAGGAAUCACUGAGAGCGAGGACAGGCUGUACUGGCUUUAAAGGCCGGUAUGCUGGUGGCGUGUUUUGCAGUAAAGAGUGCACUAAAUUUUCGCUUCCUGUUAAGAUGCUUUUUAGC